GUCGAACUCCAGUAGUCCAAGCCGCAUACCGUUCCGUUUGCCCGGUCCUCGCCCGCGACCGCCGUUUGACUCCGGAGCCCGGGCCGAACCCACGCAACGAUCCGUGGCAGGGAUCGCGUGAGAUCGCCGGUCUGGGCUCGUCCCCCAUUUUAGACGGGCGCUGACCCAGACAACCCCGGCCAUCCAUCCCCAGACGCCCGCGCGCGCCCACAGGCAGGCCGCAGCCAGGAGCCAGCACAGACCGGAGCGAGCGAGAUCCCACCGUUCCCGCACCCAAUUUUGAACCAGCGCGACGCUCCGUGCCCCCAAUCCCCAACCAGAUUUACGACCACACCCACCCCCCCGACCGAACCGAAAUCUCCGCCAGCGCUGCCCAGGAGGAAAGAAACGCACGCCCCCGCGGGAAAAGGAACCGUCGCGACGCGAGAGCCCGGGAAACUGAAGGGGAGCGGAGGGGAGGAGAGGCUGAGGCGAGGAGGAGGAGGGUUCCGGCGAUGGAGCGGUGCCAUCCCUCCGAGGUGUACGAGCUCUUCGUGCGCCACAUGAACACCCCGAGGGUGGCGGUGGACAACGGCGUGUGCGAGACGGCGACGCUGGUGCAGGUGCACAGCGCGCGGAAGCACGGCGUGCUGCUGGAGGCGGUGGCGGCGCUCUCGGACCACGGCGUCUGCGUCCGCAAGGGCUACAUCUCCUCCGACGACGGCCGGUGGUUCAUGGACGUCUUCCACGUCACCGACGCCACGGGGCGCAAGGUGGCUGACGCCGACGCGCUGCUGGCGCGCCUCGAGUCCUCGCUCUCCGCCGACGCAUUGCCGCCGCGCACGCCGCCCGCCGCCGCGGGGGCUGCGGCGGCCGCGGGGGUGCACACCCUGCUCGAGCUCGUCGGCGCCGACCGCCCGGGGCUCCUCUCCGAGGUCUUCGCCGUGCUGCACGACCUCCGCUGCGGCAUCGUCGACGCCAGGGCGUGGACGCACGGGGGCCGCGUCGCCGCGCUCGUGUUCGUGCGCGACGAGGAGACGGGCGCGCCGAUCGACGACGCGGCGCGGGUCAGGCGCGUCGAGUCCAGGCUCAGGCACGUCCUCCGCGGCGGCGCGCGCGGCGCCAGGACGGUCCUCGCCGACGCCGCGGCCGUCAACCUGGACCGGCGGCUCCACCAGCUGCUCAACGAGGACGGGGAGGCCGGGAGCUGCGCAGACCAGGCGGAGCAGCCCACGACGACGGCGGUCGCGGUGCAGGAUUGGGGGGAGAGGGGGUACUCGGUGGUCACCGUGAGCUGCUGCGACCGGCCCAAGCUCCUCUUCGACGUCGUCUGCACCUUGACGGACUUGGAUUACGUGGUGUACCACGGCACGUUCGACACCGACGGCGAUCACGCGCAGCAGGAGUUCUACAUCAGGCGGUUGGACGGGCGGCCAAUCAGCUCGGCGGCCGAGAGGCGGCGCGUGAUCCAAUGCUUGCAAGACGCCAUCGAGAGGCGCGCAUCCGAGGGCGUGAGGCUGGAGCUGCGCAUCACCGACCGCCGCGGGCUGCUCGCCUACGUCACGCGCGUGUUCCGGGAGAACAGCCUCUCGGUCACGCACGCCGAGAUCAACACCAGGGGCGACAUGGCCAUGAACGUGUUCCACGUCACCGACGUGGCCGGCCGGCCGGCGGACCCCAAGACCAUCGACGACGUGAUCCAGAGGAUCGGCACGGAGAGCCUCCGGGUGGACGAGGAGCGGUGGCCGCGCCUCUGCUCCACGGAGGGCGACGCAGGCCGAAGCGGCGGCGGCGCGGGGAUCUUCUCGCUGGGAAGCCUCGUGAAGAAGAACCUGGUCAGCCUUGGCCUCAUAAGAUCCUGCUCGUGAGGACGUGAUCAACGGGGGGAGCGGCGUGUGCCCGGUGGGAAUGUGGGAGCCUUGUGUAAAUAUGGGGUGGUGCAUGGGUUAGUUUGUAAAUUGAGUAGGGGUUUAAUUUGCCGUUUCUAGCUUUAGUUGCCACGUGUACAUAGUAGUAAGUGGAAAGGAAAGGCUUUAAAAGUUGCUGGUCGGCAACAGCUUGGGGCUUUGGUGGGGCCAUGUAUCUAUCUUCCUUUUACAUGAAAAAUAGACAGAUGGGUGAAAUAUAAUACAUCCACGUAGAGCUGUACAUAUUAUGUACCUUACGAUGGUAACAAAGUACUUGUCCAG